AUGGUGUCCUUGAAGCUUCAGAAGCGCCUGGCCGCAAGUGUCCUAAAAUGCGGGAAGGGCAAGGUGUGGUUGGAUCCCAAUGAGGUCUCCGAGAUCUCCAUGGCCAACUCGCGACAAAAUAUUCGCAAGUUGGUUAAGGAUGGCUUCAUCAUCAAGAAGCCGCAAAAGAUCCACUCCAGGUCCCGCGCAAGGAGGGCCCAUGAAGCAAAACAGAAGGGCAGGCACUCUGGUUAUGGUAAGAGGAGGGGUACCAGGGAGGCUAGGCUCCCCACCAAGGUCCUUUGGAUGCGCAGGAUGCGUGUUCUCAGGCGCCUGCUGCGGAAGUACCGCGAAGCAAAAAAGAUAGACAAGCACAUGUACCACAGUAUGUACAUGAAAGUGAAGGGUAAUAUGUUUAAGAACAAGAGAGUGCUCAUGGAGAGCAUUCACAAGACAAAGGCAGAGAAGACCAGAGAGAAGACUCUCUCUGAUCAGUUCGAAGCUAAGCGGGCGAAGAGCAAGGCCUCUCGUGAAAGGAAAAUCGCAAGAAGGGAGGAGAGGCUGGCCCAGGGCCCAAGGGAACCCACGGCAGCACCAGCAGCAGCUCCUGCCCCAGCUGCAGCUGCACCAAAGAAGGCUAAGAAGUGA